AUGGCCUCGACGCUGGCCCACAGUCCCCAGGAGGCACUGCUCUGGGCCCUGAGUGACCUUAAGGAGAACAGUUUCAAGACGCUGAAGUUCCACUUGCGAGAUAUGACCCAACCUUUUCUGGCUCGAGGGGAGCUGGAAGGCCUGAGUCAGGUAGACCUGGCAUCUAGACUGAUUUUAAUGUACGGCGCACAGGAGGCUGUGAGAGUGGUGCUCAGGGGCUUGAAGGCCAUGAACUUGAUGGAGCUUGUGAACCAGCUCAACCAUGUUUGUCUGAAUGAUUACAGAGACAUAUACUGGGAGCAUGUGUGCUGCUUAGAGAAGAGGCAGGACUGGAGUGUUAACAGCAGAUUCAAGCAGCUGCUCCUGGUGGCCACGUCCAGUUCAGGGAGUCCAGGAUCACCUGCCUGUUCUGACCUGGACCAAGAGCUAGAUUCUACGGGAGUAGAGGCUUUAUUCGGGGCAGAAGCAGAGCUCUACCCAGCCCCAUCUGUUGUGGUGCUGCAAGGGUCUGCUGGCACUGGAACGACAACCCUAGUCAAAAAACUGAUGUAGGAUUGGGCUCAAGGGACCCUGUACCCAGGCCGGUUUGGUUUUUAUGUGAGCUGCAGAGAAGUGGUCCUGCUGCCCAAGUGUGACCUGUUCAAGCUCAUCUUUUGGUGCUGUGGGGAUGAUCAAGCUCCUGUUACAGAGAUUCUGAGGCAGCCUGAGUGACUCCUGUUUGUCGUGGAUGGCUAUGAUGAGUUACAGAGGCCCUUCGAAGGACAGUGCCAGGACUGGAAGUCCAGUCGUGUGGAGUAUGUGCUGCACCUUUUAAUUAAGAGAAAGUCUCUCCACACCUGCUCCCUUCUCAUCACCACUCGGCCCUCAGCUCUGCAGAGUCUGGAGCCCACGCUGGGUGAACAGCGCCAUGUCCAUGUCUUGGGCUUCUCUGAGGAAGAGAGGGAGAAUUAUUUCAGAUUCUAUUUUACAGAUGAGGAGCAAGCCAGAAAUGCAUUUGAGUUUGUGCAAAAAAAUGCCGUUCUCUACAAAGCCUAUCAGGUUCCAGGCAUGUGCUGGGUCGUCUGCUCCUGGCUGAAGGGGAAGAUGGAGAGAGGUCAGGAAGUCUUGGAGACACCCAGCAACAGCACAGACAUCUUCACUGCCUAUGCGUCCACCUUCCUGCCCACUGAUGACAGUGGUGGCUCUGAGCUCACCCGGCACAGGGUUCUGAGGGGCCUGUGUUCCUUGGCAGCUGAGGGGAUUCAGCACCAGUGGUUGCUAUUUGAAGAUGUCCUCAGAAAGCACAACCUAGAUGGCCCCAGCCUGGCUGCUUUCCUGACCAGCAGUGAUUACCACCAGGGGUGUGGCAUCAAGAAGCUCUAUAGCUUUCGUCACAUUAGCUUCCAGGAGUUUUUCUAUGCCAUGUCCUUCCUGGUGAAGGAGGACCAGAGGCAGCUGGGGGAGGAGACCCGAAGAGAGGUGGCAAGGCUGCCGAAGGAAAAGGAGGAGGAGGAGUGUGAAGAGAUGACUCUCAGUCUGCAGUUCUUAUUUGACAUGUUGAAAACAGAGAGCACCUUGAACUUGGGGUUUAAGUUCUGUUUCAAAAUUGCUCCCUCGGUAAUGCAGGGGCUGAAGUAUUUUAAAGAACAAAUGGAAUCUAUAAGGCAUAACAGGUCCUGGGAUUUGGAAUUCUCCCUAUAUGAUUCUAAAAUAAAGAAGCUCACAAAAGGCAUCCAGAUGAAAGAUGUCUUGUUCAAGAUGCAACGUUUAGAUAAAAGGGAACUUUACAGCAGUAAGCCUGUGGUUAGCGCCAGCUUAAGUAAGGAACAGAAAAACAGUCCUCUUUUGGGAAAAGAUAAUAGUGCAGGGGAAAAAAAGGGAGUUUCUAACAGAAAAAGCAGGGCAACAGAGGAACCAGACCAGGAAGUUAGGAACAGUAGGUUGGAAAGUAGAGAAAAGGGAGCAAAAGAGAUGAAGGGUCGAAAGGAUGGUGGGGUGGAGAAGCAAGAGAAUGGGGGGCAGAGAGUUAAAAAGGACUGA